CCGCCCCCCCCGGGCACGCCCCCGAUCAAGACGCAGAAACGGGCCGCGACGAUCCUACCGAACUUCGUGGGCCUGCGCUUCUCCGUGCACAACGGCAAGACGUAUCAGGAUGUGUUGAUAACAGAUGAGAUGGUUGGGAGGAAGUUGGGGGAGUUCGCGCCGACGCGGAAGAGGUUCACAUACAAGCACUCGAAGAACAGGUGAUCGGGCUUAUUUUCGUGGAAGCGAUCAAUGGGUGAAUUGGAUGGGUGUCUUAUUUGGUUUUGGCUGGGGUUUUCUUACUUUACUAGCGGUUUGCAACAUUGUCUGUCCCGUCCGUGAGCCUUGAGGAGGGAGUGUAUAACUAUCUGCAUAUCUUUAUAUUGGGUUUUGUCAAUACAUGCCACAUUUCGA